AUGGUUGAUAUACUUGACGACAAGUCUCAGCUCUGCAUUCAUUUUCUCCUGGAGCAAUUAGGUAUACACGAGCAGAAAUAUUCAGCAGACUUGAGUCCUCCGCCUUUUUUUGUUGGACUCAAUGGUGUCCAGGGUGCGGGGAAGACAGUGCUGGUAAGUGGCCAGGGCGACCGUCUGCCCGAAAGCGAAUGGGAGGUUGUCAAUGACGUGUCGGCCGGCCAAGAACGGGUGAAGGUGGUGAUUUUCGAAGGCUGGUGUGUGGGGUUUCGAGCUCUACCGGAAGCGGAAUUACGCAGGGUUUGGGAAGAUGCAGUUCAAUUGUGUGUGAGGGACCCGGUGGGGUAUAAGGGAAGGUUAGGAUAUGUGAAGUUCGAAGAUGUGAAAAUGAUUAACGACGCUUUGAGGGCGUAUGAUGCAUUUACCGAUGAUGCAGAGGACACCCAUUUAGUCUACGAUUGGCGCCAGGAGCAAGAGCGCACCCUGCUCUCCACCAAGGGCGCUGGUAUGACAGUCGAACAGGUCAAUAAAUUCGUGGAUGGCUACUAUCCCUCGUACGAACUUUUCGUCCCAAAUCUUCGCAAAGGCGUUUUUGCAGCCAAGCAAGAACCCGCGCAACGGCCUGGUUCGACUACUGAUGACAGCUCAUGGGAGGGCAAGCAGCUACGUCUAAUUGUAAAUCGACAGAGAAAGUACAUGGUUCAGGAAAUGGAUGCAACGACACACCGACCAGAAGCACAGCGAGGAACGGGAGAAAAAAAGGAAGGAAAGAAAGAGAAAAAGAAGGAAAAUGAAUGGUCGAACAUGCAAAAGAAUAAAGAUGAAAGAAAUAAAAAUGAGUGCAACCAAAUAAGAAAAGAAAAAUUCAGGUUCAGCUCCAACCCUGAUUCGAACAAGGGACAUUGCGAUCUGCAAUCGCACGCUCUAACCGCUGAGCUAUUGGAGCAGUUCCUAGUGGAGAAUGUGGGGGAAUUUGGGGGAAUUAUGUAA